AUGAGUGAAAGUGAGAAGUCAUCAUCAGCAGCUCAGCUCCGGAGUUCGAAAGAAAGUCGCCGAAGUGGAGCUCUAGUCGGAAGUGCUCUAGUUAGUGCCACUAGCAACGAAGCAGCAGCAGCAGCAACAGCAGCAACAACACUACCCUCAGGCACAGUCACAUCAUCCGGUGGAGGAUCAUCAAGAAGACGUUUUACAGGUGAUAUCUCAUCGUGGAGUUCGGCUGGGAGUGCCUCGAAAAGACGUCGUUUCGGCGAUGGUGAUUCGAGGACUGCAGCAGGUCUGGAAGCAACUUCUUUACCGUUCUUACAUGGUGGUAACAUCAAAGAUCCACUGAAUUUGAAGUCAGUGCAGCCAAUCGAUGAGAAUGAGAUCAUGAAACCGUUAGAAGUGAUCAUACCGAAGAAUAUUCACGAUCCGUUGAACCUUCGCAAUAUCACCAAAAAUCGUAAUAAAAGAAAAAGACGGAACAGCAAGCAAGGUGAAUGUUUGGAAAGUCCACCACCGGCACCGCAUUCGGGACCGGUUGGAGUUGGUGCUACGGAGGCCGAGGAGCAUCGCCGACGAUCGAACACAAUCUCGUCUGGUUCCAUAUCGUCAGAGCAUUAUCAGCAGCACCCGACCGCUCAUCACCAUCAACAACAGCAACAGCAGCAGCGAAACAACUCAAACAGCUCUGACCCAAUCGUAUCACCCGUACCUGCGUCUGUUGUGCGUAAGUUCUCGUUUGUGACACCGCAAAAGAAGCUGUCAUCUGAAGGCGGCAGCACAUCAACACCAGCACCCUCAACAACACCGCAAACAACGCCAACAAAGCCUAAAGCUGAUAGCAGCAGCAUCCAGCAGCCGCAGCAGCAAGACGUUAAUGAAUCGUUAUCAAAAGACAGUAAUCUCGAUUCACAGCAAGGGUGCUCUGGUGGUGCUCCUUUGGUACUACCGUCAUCAUCCAAUAACGAUGACAUCAGUGAUAACGUUACCGAUUCUGAUAAUAUUCAGUCAAAAACAGUACUACAUAAUAGUGCUGCUGCUGCUGCUGCUGCUGCUGCAAGCAACGUGGAUCAGAAGAAGAAGCAAAAAGAAAGGUUUCGUUACGGUAAUUUCAAUCGUUACUAUGGAACGAGACUGGAGAGCGGUAUGAAGCGAGAUCCGCGUAUAGAAUUGAUGCACAAAGAAUGGUUCGAAAAGAAGUCUGUAUUGGAUAUCGGUUGUAAUGCUGGUUAUAUAACGUUGACGAUUGCGAAGGACUUCGAACCGAGGCAUAUCGUUGGUAUCGACAUCGAUGAGCAUCUGGUUGGAGUGGCCAGAAAAAAUAUUCGGCAUUAUUGUGAUUAUGAGACGCAGAUGAGCGGAAGCUUCCCAGCGUCAUUCUCGCGUCGUUACGGUCCAAUCUCAUUGCAUUCAACGAAAUUUUCAACGAAAUUCCCCGAUAAUAUUUGGUUUAAACGUGAAAACUAUGUGUUGGAGAAUGAUGAAUGUCUUGAGGAGAUACACGAAGAAUUCGAUGUGAUAAUGGCGUUAAGUAUAACGAAGUGGGUGCAUUUGAACUGGGGCGAUGCUGGUUUGAAACGAUUCUUUAGACGUGCAUUCAAAGAGUUACAUCCUGGUGGUCGCUUCAUCCUAGAGCCACAAGCGUUUGAUUCGUAUCGAAAACGUGCAAAAUUAACGCCGGAAGUAUUGGAGAACUAUAAGAAUAUAAAGUUGUUGCCGGAUGCAUUUCAUCAGUAUCUUUUGAACGAGAUCGGUUUUGAAUCGUGUCAAGUAUUGGAUCUACCGAAAGCGAAAUCAAAGGGUUUUCAACGUCCAAUUUAUGUGUAUCGAAAGAAGACGUCAUCGAAACUGAACUGGAAAUCUAGAUCAAAUAAUAAUAAUAAGUCUAAAAACGAAAUAUCGGCAACGGACUGCAAUAACGAGCUGCUGAAUACGACAGAGGAUUAG